AUGUCCGGGCUUGAGAUUGCCGCAGCCGUGGUUCUUGGAAGCCAGCUUUUGGAAGCGAAAUACUUGAUCAAGGAUGACUUGGCCUUGGCUCAACACGUUGUGAGAAACGCUCUUCCUUACUUGUGGAGAGCGUCACGAGGCAAGGCGUCGUACUGGUACCCGUUUGAGGACUCGUGCAGAAAGUACAAGGACAACCAAGCGUUGGCGUUCCCACGACCAAAGGCCAACCCGCCGCCCCUCGAAAUUGAUGCCGAUGGAUUCAAGAUCUAUGACGAGCAAUUUAGCGUUGAGAGCUACACCUACAAGGAGUUGUACAACAUGGUUUUGAGGUUAUCCUACAUCUUGAAGAACGAGUAUGGAGUCACCUCGGCGCAAACUAUUGGUGUCGACUGCAUGAACAAGCCGUUGUUUAUUGUCUUGUGGUUGGCCUUGUGGAACAUUGGUGCCUUGCCCGCGUUUUUGAACUACAACACCAAGGACAAGCCCUUGGUGCACUGUCUCAAGAUUGCAAACGUGUCGCAGGUGUUUGUCGACCCCGACUGCGCGGGGCCAAUCAGGGAUACCGAGGCGCGACUCCACGACGAGUUGCCCAGUGUAAAGUUGCACUAUAUCGACGAGGCUACUUUAUUCGCCAGAAUCCAACUGAAGGCAACUCCUAAAUACAGAGCACCAGACGAGAGUAGAAGACCCCAGGAUACUGACUCGUCUGCAUGUGCCUUGAUUUACACCUCGGGUACCACGGGUUUGCCCAAAGCCGGGAUCAUGUCCUGGAGGAAAGCAUUUAUGGCCUCGGUUUUCUUUGGAUACAUUAUGAAAAUCAACCACAAUUCAAACGUGAUGACGGCAAUGCCCUUGUACCACUCUACGGCAGCCAUGUUGGGUGUCUGCCCUACUUUAUUGUCUGGUGGCUGUGUCUCGGUGUCACAAAAGUUUUCAGCAACGUCUUUCUGGACCCAGGCUAGAUUGGUUGGUGCUACCCACAUCCAAUACGUCGGUGAAGUUUGCCGUUACUUGUUGAACUCGCAGCCUCACCCAGACCAGGACAAGCACAAUGUCAGAAUUGCUUAUGGUAACGGGUUGCGUCGUGAUAUCUGGUCGGACUUUAAAAAGAGAUUCCACAUUGAUGGUGUCGGCGAGUUUUACGCCGCUACCGAGUCGCCAAUUGCCACGACCAACUUGCAAUACGGUGAAUAUGGCAAAGGCGCUUGUCGUAAAUAUGGCUCAUUGAUCAGUUUGUUGUUGGGCACCCAGCAAGUUUUGCUCAAGAUGGACCCAGAAGACGAAAAUGAAAUCUACAAGGACCCCGUUACAGGGUUCAGCGUGGAGGCCGACUACAAUGAGCCCGGUGAAUUGUUGAUGAGAAUCUUGAACCCUCAAAACGUUGAGAAAUCUUUCCAAGGAUAUUAUGGUAACAAGAAGGCCACCAGCAGCAAGAUUUUGACCGAUGUGUUUAAGAAAGGUGACGCCUGGUUCAGAACCGGUGAUUUGUUAAAGAUGGACGAGGACAAGUUGCUCUAUUUCGUUGACAGAUUAGGUGACACUUUCCGCUGGAAGUCGGAAAAUGUCUCUGCCACCGAAGUUGAAAAUGAGUUGAUGGGAUCCAACGCGAUUAAACAAUCGGUUGUUGUUGGUGUCAAGGUCCCCAACCACGAAGGUAGAGCUUGUUUCGCCGUUAUUGAGCCAAAGGACGACUUGACACACGAUGAGAUUUUGAAAAAGAUCAAGGACCACGUGGAAGUGUCGUUGCCUUCUUAUGCUCAGCCUGCAUUCAUCAAGAUUGGUGCUAUUGAAGUCUCGCACAAUCACAAGGUUCCAAAGAACCAAUUCAAGAAUCAGAAAUUGCCCAAGGGUGACAGCGGAGAAGAAUUGAUCUACUGGUUAGAUGGAAAGCAUUACAAGGAGUUGACUGCUGAAGACUGGAACAAAAUCUGUGCCGGUAAAGCAAAAUUAUAG